AUGGCUCCACGCCGAACAUCUGGUUCGGGCUCUGGCUUUGACUUGGGCAUGGAAACGCAACCGUCGUCGACUCUGACUUUCUCGACGUCUUCAGGAUCGGCAUCGACGUUACCGCCAUCAGCACAGACACAGACACAGUCAUCAGCAUCAAUAUCAGCGUCGGCGUCGAUUUUGCCGCCUUUGCAUCGCUCGUCACGGCCACCUGCGCUCUCUGCGGCCUCUCUAUUCUCAGCUUCAGCUUCAGCCGCUGCUAGUCCUGCCUCUGGUCCUCCUACUGCUACUGCUACUGCUACUGCUACUGCUACUGCUACUGCUACUGCAUCGCCGUCCACCGCACCGCCGCAGCGACUCUCUUUUCCCUUUUCACCAUUUCCAACGUCUCCCGCGGCUAUUUCUCCCUCGGCCUCUGCGUUUGCACCGGCGUCUUCUACUGUCACUGCCGCUGCAUCAGCAUCAGCUUCAGCUGCUGCCUCAUCACCAUUUCCCACCACCUCCUCCACCGCCCGCCCGAUUCUGCCGCCGUUGCCGCCGCUACCUCAGGUUUCGCCACUCAACCGAUUCCUGUCGGAGCGGCCUCACUCACUCUCACAUUUCUCCGAACUUGCCUCUCCACGGCCAUUUCCAGUCACCCUCGAUAGCCUCACCACGCUGCAGCCUGAUCCCUACUCGCCCCUCAACUCGCCCUUCAGCCGCCAUCCGCUGCUGCUUGGCCCGCAGUCGACGGGCUUUUGGUCGACUUACCGCACCCAGCUCCAUCAGCCAACCGACUGGCUGCAGGAUGAUUCUGCCGCACCAAACAUCGGUGUCCUUGCUGCCAGAGCCUUUGGUUUUAACCUGAGCGACUUCGCAUCCUCCUUGACGCCCUUCACUUCGCAGCCGCCCUUGCUCCAGUCACCGUCGCUGCCGCCGCGACGUUCCCCAGACCUUCGCUUCCCGUUCGACUCCGGCAGCUCUCCUGCGCCACCUCCGGCUUCAAUCGCGACCUCAGCAUCCGCUUUGCAAGCCGCCUCCGCUACCACCUCGGCGUCUGCAGCGCCUUCUUCACGUCAUCUUCAUCACGCUCGCGCCCCGAGAGCAACAUCCACUAGCCGGAUUAGCGCUACGACCGAUACUCCAGCCUCGCCACCAGCCUCCGGCCAAGGCUUCGCUCAUCCUCCAAACUCUGCUGAAGCCGCUUUCGAUAGCGAUAACAGUGCCCUUGACGAAAUUUUCUACGAGCUUGACGGCUUUCCAGGCUUCCCGCUGCCCAUCGCCGAUACUGCCAACUCGCCUUCUCUCUCCACAUUCACCAACAUGCCUCCGACAUCAAGGCGAUCGCUGCGCAGCCGGGCUCAGCAGCCGCCCGAAGAUCACGACUCCUCAGCUUCUACUCCAAAUGCCAGCAAACGGCGGAGGAUCUCGACCUCUGCCGCUCAACCCACAUCUUUAGAGACUGUGAUAGAUGACGACGACGGCGAAAACUGGCCCUUGUUCGGCUCUACCCCGCCGAGACCUGGGUCGAGCGCUGAUUUGAAAAACGAGGAUUUUACUACGAUCGACCUCACCGAAGUUAACGACGUUCCCGAGGAGCUCAAAAAACCAGAGGUGGAUAACAGAGUCAAACUGUCCGCGUUCCAGUGCGUAAUAUGUAUGGACGAUGUGACGGGGCUGACUCUCACGCAUUGUGGACACCUAUUCUGUGCCCAAUGCCUCUACUCCUCGCUUAGCAUCGAAUCAACAAGGGGCAAAUGUCCCAUGUGCAGAGCAAAGAUCGACAUGAAGCCUCGCGAUAAUUACUCAACAAAGACAAAAGGGUACUGGCCGCUGGAGCUGAAACUGAUGACGAGAACGCGCCAAGGCAAACGCAAAGCGCAAGCCAUGGAAUAA